AUGAAAUGGUUAAAAACAGAGGAACAUAGUACAAAAAGAGAGUUUUCACCACAAUUAAAUAGUACACCACCACCAAAGAAAAAAAUAAGAAAUGAUGGAAUAUCAACUUUACCAACUCCACUAUCGUCCAGUGAAUAUUCAUCUGCUGCAACGAAAAUGAUGGAAAAAAUGGGUUAUGAUAAAAAUCGUGGUCUUAGUCUUAAUGCUCAAGGUCCAACAAAAAUAAUUGAAGAAAGUAAACAAAAAGGACGUCGUGGUCUUGGUUUUACAUUCAAAAACUUUGAUGACGAAACAACAGAAUGGGACUUUGAUAAUGAUCCCGCUCCUAUAAAAGAAGAAGAAGAAGAAGUUCGUUGGCGUCCACUAAAUAAUCAUAUAGAAGUUCCAUUAAAUCUCGAUGAAAUGCGCGAAUGGAUUAAAUCCAGUUUUUAUGGAAAUCUAAUGUGA